GGAGAGGUCAUGCAUUGGACGAAAGCAUGCACGGUUCUGGUGUCUUCAGUUCACAGUCGACCGGCAAGCACAAGGGAAGCGCUGUGUAAUAGAAAGCUAAAAUGAGGUUCAUCUACAUCCACAUUAUUGUCAUUCUACUGCUGCCAAUGGUGAUUAUGGCAGCUGUCCAUGGAUAUCCAGAUCGAAGUAAAAUCAGAAACCAACUUUUAGGAAACAUUCCGUGUUACUUUUACGACUCACACUGUGCUACGCGAAGACUCUGUCACACUGGCAAGGAUCACCGAGUCUGCAAAGGCUGUUAUGUUGGUUCUAUUUACAUUGACGUGUCUCACUUCUGCAAUGGAGAGGGCAUGCUGUAUGACACAGACAACAAGGAAUGUAUAUCAGCAUUGUACGCCACGCGAGCCUGCCCCACUAUCCUCCCUGCCAGUGCGUGUGGCAGGCCAGUUCACCAUCCAGUGUUCCAGCACCGUUACUCGUCCAAAACACGACUGGAUCCUGGACCUGUACUGCACGGAGUAUAACCUCUGUACCGCGGGCAACUUGU